CUUGGCCCAAAACAUGUUUUUGUGUCAUCGAGUUGUGGCUAAGGCUGUUCUGGCCGCUGGUCGGUUACUCAUAGUGCUCUUGGAUCUGUUUGGCUGCUCUUUGGCCCAAUCUGUGUUUACGGCCUGAUAAUUGGUUUUCUCGCGUCGCUCUCUUUCCGUUUGUUAUUCGUCGUCGCCGCUGAAAUCGAAAUCACAAAAUCAAGAGCUGGAAGUGGAAGUAAGAUAUGCAUGCGGCUGGUGCGGAGAUUGGACCAAUUUAUUUCAAUUUCGCGCUUGGACCGACGACGUUGUGGCCGCGGAGUCCGAUUCCCAAAUUAUCUCAACUGAAAUGCUUUGUUCUGAACCACUCGCCGUCACACUGUUAUUAAACAUCCUGUUGCUCCUGAGAGCACAUCCCGGUGCCACUGCCUGCCACUGCAUCCGCCUGGCCGAGUGCCAGCCCUUCGCACGCCUGUUGCUUCACCAUGGCCCCGGAGAGCAGUCCGCCGUGUUCGCCAAGGUUCAUUCGGCAAGCUGUGGCUUCCAAGGCCUUGAGCUGCAGGUCUGUUGCCCCACAUCUCGCAAGCGCUACCUCGAUGAUUCAUCCUUGGUCAAACCAAGUCGCAUGCUGCGCUUCGCACCCCCAGACGACCGCUGGAUUUGGGAUGACUUUGGUAAUAGAAAGUCGAGUAGUCACUCCAAUUCGGACUCCCAGUCCCACAUUGAUUACUUGGAAACGGAAACGAGUCUGCAUGAUUACUGGGAUUUUAAAGAGCAGCGAAACUGCCCUAAGCCAUUGGAACCGGAGUUCUUUGACCACCGAUUUGAUGGUAAUCAUCACUUUCACUAUCGAGUAGAACACGGCAGUAGCGAUGGAGCGCGAACUCCGCGACCAAAUCCCAUGGACAGACCCAUUGUGUUUCCCGGAGAUCUGCGCUUUUUGCGUCAGGGCGGAGACGAAACAAUUGUUGACUCGAGUGAAGGACCACCCCUGGCGCCAUUCACCACCACUCCACCUACAACGAUUGUUCCAGCUCCAGCUCCCCCCACUACUAAAAUCACAUCACCAACACCCGAUGCUGUGAUGACAACGCAAGUUAACCUUCCGGGGUGCGGGAUAAGCGUAGAGAGCCGACUGCUGGGAGGAGAACAGGCCGCAGCAGGACAGUACCCAUGGCUGGCCAGGAUCGCUUAUCGCAAUCGAUCCAGCAGCCGUAUUAGCUUCCGCUGCUCCGGAUCCCUAAUCUCUAGUAGCUACAUUAUCACCGCCGCCCAUUGUGUGGUGAACCUGGUCAGCGAACUAGAACUAUCCCAUGUAAGAUUGGGAGGACCGGAUGCUUCAAAUGCACUAACCAUUAGUCAGGUUCUAGUGCAUCCCAACUAUGAUCAGCCCCGAUAUUCCAAUGACAUAGCUCUUCUGCGCCUCAACAGCACAGGAGCCAUUACGCCUAUUUGCUUACCUUUGAACAACUCGACGACCCUAGGAAACAGGUUAAUUGGACAAACGGGAGUUGCAGCCGGUUGGAGUACUAGGAAUCCGGAAAGUAGUGGGUCAAGCAAUUUCUCCUCCGAGGUGCGCUUCAUCCGCUUGCCCAUAGUGAACACCACCAGCUGCGCCAUAGCCUAUGCCAGCCUCAGCGAGAACUUUCAGCAACCGAUCGUGAUCACGCCGAGACAUCUUUGCGCUCAGGGUCAGCCCAUGAAUGACGUGUGUCGCGGGGAUAGUGGCGGUCCCUUUAUGGACGACGGCAGCUCUGGUCUAUUUGGAAUGAUGGGACGGCACACACUAAUCGGUAUCGUGGCUUUCGGACCAACGCUGUGCGGAGUGACCACCAUUCCCGGGGUUUACACUCUGGUUAGUAGCUUUACCGAUUGGAUCGUGCAGACCAUCAACGGGGUACCCAAUCAAUGAGCGGUGGUCCCCUCGGCAACCUAACACAAGUUCAUCCAAAGCCUUCAAUGCCAAAGUCACAGAGAAUACCCAGGAAUAAUCAUUUGGGAUUAAUAAAAUCAUAUGAAUAUCAUAUAUAUAUAUGUACUAUAAUA